AUGACGGGCAUCGCUGGAUUAAAGGGGAACACUGGACCCAGAGGAGAGAAAGGGGACAUAGGAGCCACUGGAAUGCCGGGAAUGAAAGGGGAGCCUGGUGAAUCAAUUUCAGGACCUACUGUUGAAGUUUCUCCUCAAAUUCGGACAGUGAACGAGACUGAAUCAACGGUUUUCCAGUGCUCAGUCAGUGGUAAUCCCAGGCCAAAAAUGAAGUGGAACAGGCUGUUAAAGGGUUCGGAACUUGAGCAAUCGACGGUUUCGGAAGGAAGACUACAAUUGAGGAAUAUUAGAGCAGGUGAUGCCGGCAUGUAUCAAUGUUCAGCGGCGAACAUCUUAGGACAGGUUCAGAAAACAGUGCGACUGGUCGUGAAUGGUAUGUUUUUCUUGAAUGUCUGUCACACAUCUUCAAGGCUUCAUAAAAAAAAUUGUUCCUCCUUCGUUAUGAGCUUGCUUAAGGAUGUACUGAAAUAUACAACAAAUGAUAAGUAAGGGUUUAAACCACCCACUGUGCACAGAAAAAAAGCUUCGCCGAGCUGCACUUGUCGGAUCUAAUGCUACAGGUUUAGCACUCGGAAAGUGUCAUGAAUGUCUGAAACAUCCAACACGUUAUUAAUCUGGGUCACUCAAAUGAUUAAUGAACCGUCUGUGGGUAGGAAAUAACUUAUGUUCGCACAUGAUCAAUUUACACUGUGCUUUUUUCUUCUUAGUUCGUCCACGUGUUUCCCUCAAUCCUGGACCAAUGUAUGCCAUUGAAGGAAGUAAUAUAACCCUUCCAAUCUGUCGGGAGACAGGUCAUCCACGGCCAGAUAUCAAAUGGCUUAGACCGUUUGGUCAGUUACCACAAGGAAGAGUUCAGUUUGAAAACAACAACAGCACGCUUACAAUAUUUGACGUUCGUCGCACUGAUUCUGACAACUAUGUGUGUGUGGCAUCAAACCUUCUCGGUAGAGCUGUGAAAAAAACUCUGCUGCUCGUGUUCUCUCCUCCAAAAUUUAUAUCUAAACCACCCGAGAAAAUAAAAGCAAUUUCCGGGUUUAGUUUGAAGCUGAACUGCAGCGUAACUCCCGACGGGCACCCAGUGAUUAGCUGGAAAAGACAAGGCGCUCAGCUUCCCGCAGGGAGAAGUUUUAUUUCUAAGGAAGGACUAGUGAUCACAGAUUUACGGCUUCAAGAUGCUGGAAACUAUACUUGUAUUGCUACAAUAGCAGGAAAAUUUUCCAUUGAGACCUCUACUAUUCUGGAAAUAAAAGAUGGUAAAAAGAUGGCCGCACCUUUUGACCCACUACAGAAUGAACUAUUAAAUCAGUAUCAUCGAAAAGUAAUGAUCAUAUACAACUAACCAUAGACUUAGGAAAGGCACGUUAAUAACUGAUGUACCAAGCUAAAGCUAUAUCGUCAGUGUUCUGUGGUUUUGUUUGCAAACAAGUGAAAUGUUUAGUAAAAGCUUUCGCUGUCCUCAAACUGAUCACUGAUGGGUCAAACAUUAGUGCGUAAGUCUCUACAUUGUUUUAAAAUAAUUUUUCCUUGCCUUUAUAGAAAGGUGUGCUGGAGUCAUAAAGACUGUCGGCACGCCUGUCCUUCAUUACAGACGAUCGACCGCACAAGGAGCUUGGAUGAGAGACCCAUUAGGAGUUAUGGGUAAGAACAGUAUAUUCGUAAUGGAGUCAUUUCAUCAAAGAAAAGUGGUUGAAGAAUAUGAAGACAUGGCCAAGUUAAAGGCAGGCGUGACUCGUAAGACGUACCAACUGCCUUAUAACUGGCACGGGACGGGAGCAGUGGUAUACGGGUCAUGCCUCUACUACAACAGGUCAGGUAACAUUUUGGUUUUCGUCAACAAACUCACAUGCGCGAGAAUUUGCAAAGAUUACAAAUAGACGGAUUAUAGCAACACAUUUUCGCAAAGUAUUUUUUGAUAUUUUACCCGAAAAUUCAUAACUCUUUGAAUUUCAUAAUUCCAGAGGAACAGUUUUUAGUUGCAAAUUUACAGUUAGAUCGUACUGAGUAAUUAAAAGAAGGUUUAGAACUUGAUUGAAACUUAAAGGAAAAAGGCGAUAAAAAUGUAUUUUAUUUUCAUAAAUUAUUCAGGAGUCUCAGAUUUUUUGUGCUAUGUUCCUUUGACCCCUAAGAGUGACCAGCAUUUAUUUUCCCCUAACAAUAUCACCCCUGAAUCAAACAUCACGGUCACGAGAAUAAAGGAAAUGAUCACCAUCUAAAAAAAUUGCUGUUGAUUAUUACAUAAAUUCUCUUUGUUAGCGCCUCUGGAAAUGUAUAAAGAACAGUAUGGAGAAUAUGCAUACUGAUGGUAGGGUUUUAAGGGUUUUAAGGGUUUUAAGGGUUAAUAGGCACUUAUUAAGCAAGAGAGGUAUAGCCAUUCAACUACUUACUUAAAGAGCUGAGAAAUAAGAACUGAUCGAGUUUUUCUUUCUUUCUCCGUUUGAAAUCUCUUCCUCUUGUCGAUACAGAGAAAGAACGUCCCACAUUGACAGGUAUAAUCUGCAGACAGAGCGUCUUGAGGGUAUAAUAGGAUUGAGUGAUUUCUCAACUUCGCCUUACCAGUGGGGUGGAUACAACGCAGUGGACCUAGCAGUUGAUGAGCAUGGAUUGUGGGUAUUGUGGGGAAGUUCUAGUAACAGCAACCGUCUGAACGCAGCAGAAAUCGACGUAGAUAGCAACCGCAUAACGCGAAUGUGGACCUUGAACUCAGGUAAAAUAGAUAUUGUAAAAUCAUUAGAAGCCUUCAAAAGGUCGCGACCAAAACUAUUUGAUAUAAUGUUCUUGAUAACCUUUAUUACAAUUAUGACAUAAUCACCUUCUGAAGACAGAAAUAAAUUAUAUCCAAAGAUCAGCGGGCUUAUCAUCUCAUUCAAUCAAUAACCAAUGAAGAAUUAGUCUAUAAUUGAUCUUAGAGAGGCCUAUAUGUAAAUCACCCUUAUUACCAAGACAACCAUUCGCCGCACAACAAACAUUAGUAUUGUUACUGAAGCCGUCACCCAAAGCUUGAUUGUCGUAAGCCUACUAAAUUAAUAGAUAUAUAACUAUCGUGUAUACCCAGGUGGAAAAUCAAGACUCCAAGAAACUCGACAUCCGCAAGAACAAAGAUCUAGUGGAGAAGUUCCACUCAUAUGUUUCUUAGUGAAAUACCAGUGUGGUAUUUCACUCAGAAUUAUACUCUGAAAAUGAUUUUCUUAUUUGGGUACAUGAAAGAGGCGUCACUGACUUUCUAACUAUUCAUUUAUCUAAUGCUGGUCUUGCUCGUUUUUUACAGAACCAAAGUACUCCAUGGGCAAUGCUUUUGUAGCCUGUGGAGUAAUCUACUGUAUUGACGAAUAUAACAAUAAUCCCACCACUAUCAACUUUGCUUAUGACACCAAGACAGGAAAAAAGUGGAACCCAAACAUACAGUUUAUAAACCAGUAUGGCUACAACUCCAUGGUGGACUAUAACCCCAGAGAGAAAGUGCUGUACGCUUGGGACCGUGGGCGGCUCGUUACUUACUCCCUCACUUUUCAAUAA